AAUUGACAGGCAGAAGUGACGUAGAACAAGGUGAGACCAUUCAUUAUGGAGGUAAAAAGAGAACAGUGACGUCCUAGACCACCACUGAGCAUUUUGGAGACAUUUUGUUGAUAAACAUUCAUUGUCCAAGGAUCAGACUAAAGAAGAAAAUAUAGGUCCUUCUUUAGGACCUUUCAAGAGCCCAAGAAGCACUUCCUUAGAUUUGGAUACUGCAGCAAAAAAGGUUUCUUGUGGAAAUAUGGAUUCCCAGAUUAUGUUCAAUGCUUCUGCCCUCAUCGGAAAUCUCAGUGUUCAAACUUCUACAGACACUUCAUUUGGUAUUGACAACCCCAGUACAAUUCAGAAAAUUUCUCCUCAAGCAGGAUCUAUUGGAUAUUCUUUGGUAAAUACUCAUCAUGUACAGGCGAUACCAUUCAACCCUUAUACAAAAAAUGGAGGAGAAUUAAAUGUUGGUAUAAGGCAGUAUGAAUCAUCACGAUUCCACAACUUAAAGGUCCAUCAAACACAACAAGGGCCGCCAUCACAGAAAUACCCAACUAUUGUUCCUAAUGCUUCAAGUGGGAACAUGCCAUAUAGCCUACCUAAAAGUGCACCGCUGUACAGCAGAGAAAAUAAUUCUACAUCUCACCACACCACAGCUCAGCAAAUACUUAACCACAAUAGAAACCGUAACAUUGUAGCCACUCUAAGCACAACAAGUUCACUUGUGACCAAUAAUGGGAUUGUUCCAGUGGUAAAAAAUGAAACGGAAUGCCAGCAAAUGAAAUCUUCAGUUAAAGAUCUCGUAAUUCUGAGAACAAAAUUGGGGCUUACACAAAAAAAUGUCGGUGAAGGUCUGGGAGCUAUGGAUGGUAAACCAUACGACCAAUCUAUAAUAUCCCGGUUUGAGGACUGUAAGCUUAGUGAAAACAAUAUGAGAAAAGUGAAGGAGAAAGUAGAACAUUUCUUGAAUACAGUGGAUAAUAAAACUGCCAGUCCCGCAGUCCUUGGGAAUCAGGAGCCCACCCAAACGGUGCUGAGGAGAAAAAGACGAACCGAUUUUAGAGCAAACACAAAGGCAUUUCUAGAGUGGUUUUAUGUCCAAUGUAAACAGCCCAGUCCUGAUGAAAUGGAACGCAUUUCAGAGCACCUCAAACAUGAAUACAAAGUCAUACGUACCUGGUUUAGUAACCGAAGACAGAAAGACAGGAAAGACAGGAAAGAUGCAGAAGCCAACUCAUUAAAAUGUAAUCAACCAUGCAUGGCUCCUCCUGUUCAGAAUGUCCCUACAACACCAGUGAUGGUAACCUCACCCAAAGCUGUGGAAUAUCACAUGAGUCCAAUGCCUCACGUGCUCCAAUAUAACCAUUAUGGGGUGCAUACCUAGCUAUAGUCAAGGAAACAUGAACUCUAAAUAUGCCAGUUAUUGGUUGUGCACUUUCAAUGACUAAAUUAUUUAUAAUAAAAACCAAAGAAAACAUUGCCU